AUGUCAACUCCUCCUCCCUUCCAUACAAAUGCUGGAGCUCCGAGAGACUGUGCUGCGCCUCUCUCCAAUCCAAGCAGAAGCAACCCACGGGUUUCAGUUUGCGGCGCCGGCGCCUCCGAUCGGAGCACCGCUGGUAUUAUCCAUUAUUCGUACGACAUACAAGUUGCAGUUGCAGCGCAGCAGAGCUCCAUCCAUCCAUCUAUACAAGAGGUUGCAAGCAGCCCGGACGGCGAGCUCGUGGAGCUGCUGUGGCAGGACGGCGCAGUCGUGGCGCAGGCGCACCACCACCACCACCGGCACCCGCUGGUCCAGGCCGGCGCCGGCAAUACAGGCGCCAGCGGCGUCACCGGGGAGCAGGCGCCCGCGCUGCCGUGGCUCCCGUGCAGCGGCGGGGCGCUGGGCGGGACGUGUACUCGCAGCUCUGGCAGAGCAUCGUGCAGGCCGACGGCCGCAUGGUGGGCGCCGACGCCUCGGGCGUGGGCGUGGCUCCGGCCGCCCGCCAAGAGCGGGAACAGCGGCGCCGGGUCCAGCCGGACGGCCGGGGAGGUCGGCUCCAGCUUCUGCGGCAGCAACCUCGUCGCCGCGGCGCUGCACCUGGACGACGACAUCGACGACGUCGGCGUCGCCGCGGUGGCGCUGCCGAUGCAGCUGGACGACCGGGCGGCCGCGGGCGCCGUCGCCGGCGCGUCCACGUCCAUCGGCCGGAACAGCAAUGCGCUGCCCAAGAGGAGCAGGGACGAGUUCGACGAGGACGCCGACUUCGACACCGUCGACGAGACCCCGCCGUCGUCGAGGCGGCCUGCGUCCAACAAGCGCAGGACUCGCGCCGCCGAGGUCCACAACAGGUCGGAGCGGAGGAGAAGGGACCGAAUCAACGAAAAGAUGCGAGCUCUGCAGGAACUCGUGCCUCAAUGCAACAAGACCGACAAAGCGUCGAUACUAGAUGAGGCAAUUGAGUACUUGAAGUCCCUCCAAAUGCAAGUUCAGAUCAUGUGGAUGUCUACUGGGAUGGCGCCGAUGAUGAUCCUGGGUGCUCACCAGUUCAUGCCUCCGAUGACCAUGGGCUUGAAUUCCGCGUGGAUGCCACCACCAGCUGUGCAGUUCCUGAGCCAGAUGCAGAGGGUAACACCACCCUUCAUGAACAACCCGUUGUCGAAUCAGAUGCCUCAGAUCUUACCCCCUCCCCCUCCUACCAAUGCACCCAGUGUAACAGACCAAGCUCAACGGAAUCGCAUGGCCCUGCUGAGAAAUCCCUUCCUUCAUCCUAAUGAUAAUGAUGCACUGUCAACACCGCCACAGGUGCCAAGUUUAUUUGGCUAUGGACCACAGAUGGUACAAGUGAAUGAGAUUCAAGAGCUACUGAGUGGCACUGCAGCGCCGGCUUUGGGGACCGACCUACCAUCAUCCUUUGAUGGAACUGGAACAUAA